UUGGCAAUUGGCUACAAAGGCUGCGCCAUGUUUGUUUGUUCUGGCUCCGUCAAAAUAAAUCAAUAACCUAUGAAGGAGCACCGAUCCAACAGACGAUUGGGGAACACUCAAGCUGAAGAUUGAACAACGCAAUUCACCCUCAACAACCUCGAAUCAGAUGAAAACAGUGUUUUGCAAUUAGGCUUCCCAACUGCACAUUGGAAAAUUUGUUUUUAUCCACGUCUGGGUUUUCCUGGAAUUUUGGUGGGUAUUUGGUACUGUUAAGUGGUAGUUGCAAGAAAAAAUGGUGGCGAAUCAGCAUCAUUCUCGAGUCAAUGCUUUAGAGCUCAAGGAUCUUAUUUAUCAGAAGAUUGGGCGUCAGAGAGCAGAGAAAUACUUCAGUUAUCUGAGACAAUUAUUUAGCUCAAAGAUCAGCAAGAAUGAGUUUGAUAAGUUCUGCAUUCGGAUAAUUGGGAGGGAGCAUAUCUCUCUUCAUAACCGGCUUAUUCUAUCCAUUAUCAAGAAUGCUUGUGUUGCCAAAGUCCCGCCAACUAAAGUUAGAAAGGUAGAAGGGUCACUAGAUGUCAAAGUUACUUGUAAUCAGAAAAAUUGCCUUCAAACUCUUUACAACGAUGGAUUUCCUUCAUCCCCUCGGAAGGGUAGGUCUCCACAUAAUAGGUACCGUAAGUUUCGGGACCGUCCAAGCCCUCUUGGACCACAUGGGAAGACCCACAAUGUUGCAUGCGAGGAAAUGGCCUCAAGGGUACAAGAGCAGCAAAGCGCAACAGAAUUGCAUUCUCUUGGUAGCAGACCUCCUGUUGAGGUUGCAUCUGUUGAAGAGGGUGAAGAGGUUGAGCAGAUGGCUGGGAGCCCUGGUGUGCAAAGUAGAAGCCCUGUUACAGCUCCUUUUGGUAUUUCCAUGAAUGUUGGUUAUGCUCGUAAAACUUUUGCUAAUGGGUCUAUAUGUAAUUUUCGUCCACGGACAUGCCGAAACAGCAGUGAGCUACCUGAUACUAGAUCUCUUAGGAGUUGUUUAGAGCAGAAGUUGGAGAUGGAGGGCCUUAGCAUUUCACUGGACUGUGCAAACCUGUUAAAUAAUGGAUUGGAUGUGUUUUUGAAGAGGUUGAUGGAACCUUGUAUAGGACUAGCUAGGUCAAGGUGUGGAGUAGAUCACUAUAGGCAUGGUCAAAAUGUUCAUCAUAUGAAUACGAUUUUACCUGGAAGAUACGUGCAAAGACCAAUCCAAUCCAUUUCUGCUUCAUUGUUGGAUUUUUGUGUCUCAGUGGAGUCGAGUCCUUCUAUACUUGGAGCAGACAGGGGAAUUCAGCUUGAGAAGAUCUGUUCUCGUGCCUAUGAUGAGUGAAGAGAGCAUGAUCAGAAAACCUUCUCAAGAAUUUGAUAUGGAGUUGGACCCUGGGGGAUAAUUUCAAAGCUCACUAUUAGAGAGGAGACAAUUCUUUUCUUUAAAGAUUCAGAUUUACUUGAAUCUUAACCUCCAAUGUUCAUGUGGCAUUCAUCACCAUUGCCAAAGAGAAUCAAUUACAACUGUUGUGAGAAGUUUUGGAUUAUUUAGCUAUGUAGCAAGUAGAUGUCAGUAAUAUAGUUGUUGGUGCUGGACACACAUUUGUACGUGUCAAUUUACACAUUAUGAUACCAUUGGAAGAGUUGAGAUUUCAUUCUUCAAUUUGAUAGCUCGGCCCUUCUUUUGCGUUUUCCAUGGAGUGAAACAUUAGUUCCAAAAUGGUUUCAUUUACUUGGUCCAGUGAAUAAAGUUUUUAUAGGACUUGAUGUGAAAUCACCUUUUUUUGUUGUCUCGAUUGUGAUCAUAUCAGUUCAUCCAACAAGUAUAAGUUACAGGUUCCUUCUAUUAAUUUUGAUGCAACCAAUGUGACUUCAGACUGAAGGGUUAUGAAGCUAAUACUUAUUCCCCUUGAAUGUCAAAAUUGAAUACCUGGUUUCUUUAACAGAAUUAUCUAUGGGAUCAAAUGUUAUUUAACCUAUCUAUUAAAGAUGAAGCCUGUUGACCUUGUAUAUGGAUCAUUCAUUUCAUAGUUUUUUUUUAUUAAACAUAUUUAACACUGUUAAUUCCUGAUCAACAACAGAAUGAUAAACUCAUAUUUAACACUGUCUCAGCAUCUACCUUCUAACGAUUUUCAACAUACACAUGAAUGCUUUGAGUAUUUUCUUAAAUUUUAUUUUGAAAUGUCCAUGAGUUAGGUUAUUUUGGUUGAGAUUAGAUGCUCCUAUGCGAAGUCAGUGCCCCAUUGAGUUAGAAAUUAGCUUAGAUGCUCUUGGACAUUUGUCCACACUACUUGUUACUUGGUUUGAAGAUUGUCUGCAGGAAUAAUUCCAACUGAGGGAUUCAUUUUCUCAUUAUUGGGUAGACACCUGUUGGUGAUUGCAAGCUAUGGAGUCACACAUCAGUACAAUUUUCAGUUGGACCGCCAACUUCCGUGGAUUCAUCAGGAUGCCAAGAUCUCAUGUUGACUCAUAUUUAAGAGAUUUUUAUUUGAGCUGAGCUCAAUUGAAGCGUGAUGAUGGUUGUUAAUUUUCUCUUUUCUUGCAGAUUACAUGUACUGGGAUAGGCAAGACUGUAUUGCUAAUGGCUAAUGGAUUCUUUGACCAACGACAAAAUGGGUUGUGUGAAGACAUAAAUAAUCACAUUCACGUACUUUGGAAUGCAGUCCCUUGAAUAUCAUGGGAUGAAUCUGAAUGUCACAAAAUCACAUACAGGCCAGUACAUCACGCCCAUCAUCAGUGUUGGAACAAUAUGCAGGUAGCGCACCAUUCCAGGGAACUAAGGGCUUUCUUUGAAAAACAAAAGGAGCAUUUACAAUGAUGCAGAAAAAUAGCCCAGCGUGUAUUAGAAUCGGCAUUCAGAAACCAAAAUGCAAGAAGGUAGGUUGAGGUUUUACAUAUCUCACAGUUGAAAUAUUCUAGCAUAAGAGAGUGCACAAAUGAACUUCCUGUUUAGUGUUAUUUUUCUGUUAGAGUCAUCAUGAAUAGUUAUGUCAUUGGUCACCUUAUCUGUUCAGAGGCCCUCCUGUUUGUCGAAAUGUUAUUAUUAUUGGUAUUAUGCAGUCGAUCUAUCCAGCUUCUUGCUUGCACUUCCAACCCUGAUGCUUAUCUUAUUAGCAGAGUCCUAUCAUCUCUUAAUCAAAGAUCGAUUUCUAAAUACUCUGCAGUCAAAUCCAAAGGUUAUCUUCAUUCUUCUUUGCAAUAUUAUUAUGAGCCAUUGCUAAUUUGUAAAAAAUCUUCAUGCAACAACAUGCAGCUCAACAUCAGUGAUCCAAAUUUAUUCCUGGACUGUUUACCAUCAAUGAACAACUACUGAGAAUGGUAUGUUGUUAUUGUUAUUAUUAUGAUCAAUGCUGGUAAGGUGUUCCAUCAUUUAGACAUCAAAAGAUGCUUGAUAUACCUUUUUUACAUAGACUGGAGAAUUAUCUGCGUGAUUUUCUGGAGGAGACAGAGAUCCAAGCAAGGAUCCUAACUUCCUCCGUUCAUUGUGGGCGAUACAGUCAGAACAUGUAAGGAAUAGCAAGGUCAAAUCAAAGUCUACAAGGUGGACUCACUAGGUUUAGUUUCUUUGGAGACUAGAGACAUGUUCUUUUUGUAAUUAUGAUUGUUUUGCAGCUUAGUUGCCUCCUUUUCUCCCUCAGUAGCAUGCUGCAAAAACUAAUUAACUAUGCAACCUUGCACUCUUUUCAAAUUGCCUCUUAAAUCUGGUUUCGUUAAUAGGAAUGCAUCAAACGUAGGGCACAAAAGCAAUGAGGUAUUAUACAUGUUAAUCACACCAAGUCUAUGGCAUGCAACAGAGAAUAUAUCUUCACAAAAAAAAAAAGUAUGAAGAGUUCAAACCUUGUAGGACUGCAUUCACGGAGAAGAAGACAGAAACCAUGGCAGGUCCGUAUAAUGUUUGCCCAAGGACGAUCUUUUUCAAUGUUGUGAUGAGGUCACGGUUUGGGAGGACUUUUGACAUAAAAUUGAACCAAAAAUGCAACGAUGGCCCCAAAAUUAUUAGUCCGUAUCCUGCCAUUCGCAAGGUCCUCACAUAAUCAUAAGGUUCUGAAGAUGGCUGAGUAAUUGUCUGAAGAACGUUCUCAUGUUUUGUCAAAUCCACAGAGAAUGAAAUAGAGACAAAUUACAACAUGCACAAGAUAGAACUAUAUUACAAUGUGCAAGGAUAAUCAGAUACUAAAGAAAUUAAUGUUUUAUUUGCUUGCUUAGCCUAUGGUGGUUCAAAUAAGUUACAGAAAUCGAAUCCUUGAGAUAAAUAGAGAAGGGAGGGAGCAGGGUUGAAAAGAAGUUUGAUAAACCAUUCAAGUACGUUUAUUUCAAGCAACAUAAGUUGGAUGAAGCUGCUUAUUCAAUUGGUUACUGAGAUUCUACUUUCUAGGUUUAUGCCAUUUGAAAAUACAACAUUUUAAUCCUAACUAAACCUGAAAUUCAAAUCGAAGUAGUAACAAAAGUAAAAAUUCCUAAUCCCCUUGACAUAGACUUUACAAUUGGGAUCAGGCUAGUGCAAACUUCUGGUUGGAUAGUUGGUGUGGGCAUAGACAUCUGAGAGAGAUUCUCUAGAACCUUUCUCUAUUAGAAUCUUAUGCUCUAAGACAGAUCUUUAGAUAAAAUUCCAGCAUUGGGAAUUAUUCAUCAUGCUGCCUUGGAUAGCUUGACAACCAACGCCUAUCUAGGCAGGGGAAGGACAAGCAGACCGACACUUUCACUAUCUGAUCUUUAUAUGAGGCCAAUUGGAAAGUGAGAUUACUAUGCGUAGAAGCUUUCUUUACGUAGACAAAAUAAUAGGGUUUCUUUCUUCUAUCCUUCCAAGGCGAAGGCAUAUAUAUUAUUGCAAUGCAAGGGAGGAUGGGAAUCAGUUGAUCACAGCUUUUACAUUGCUUAGUGAUGCCAAUUGCCUCCUAACCACAGAAAAAAGAUUAAAUAUAAAAUAAAACAUUUCUUUUAGGAUUUUAAUUUAGAAAGCCAUCAUAUUGACAUCUCAUGUCUACCUCAAGCAAGGGCCAAAUUUCCCAGAGAAUUCAGGAACAAAAAACAAAAAUGAGUCUUGUUUUGUGUGCUUUGGGAUUUUGGUUUUACCUGAGAGGAAAAAUCAGCGGCGGUGUAGAUGAGGGCACAGGUGGCGCUUUUGGUGAGGAUGGGGCGAGACUUGACCAUCGCCAAGUACCAGCCAACGAAUCCGAUCUUUGAAGACGACGACACAGCAGCCGCAGCCGAAGAAGAGAAAGACGACCGGAAUAUCGUAGCCGGAGGAGGAGAGAACAACUCUAAUAGUCCGGUCUUUCUGUUGAUUGGAUUGGGAGGAAGUCUGGACAGAGGUUUGGAGCAGUGCCGGUGGCUUCGGAGGAUCGGAGAUCCGGGCGCCGAAUGUCUGUGCAGUAGGCUGUGGUAGGAGAGGUAGCUUUUGCAGCCAUUUCGCAGGAAGCCUGUGAGAGUCAUCUUGUGUGUGUCUCUCUCUCUGUCCCCCUGGUUUCAGGGAGAGAAGAGAACACAGGGGACAACGAGAAAUCAGAGAGAGAGGGCCACGUGAAAUGAAUGGGAAAUUAAAUAAAUAGGCAGUAGGUGGGGGGAUUCGGAGACUUGCGAGAAUAUCUGGGUUUGAUUUCUUACCUACCCAAGGUCAAACCGCCGCUCAUGACCACGCCCCAACCCAAGCAGCAGCAGCAGCCGUGAUGGUAAUUGGCAUUGACUUGUUCCCCUGACUUUUCCUCCCAGGUUUUGUUACGAAAAAAAUGAUUGAAAGGAGAAAAUGAUCAUUAUACCCCUGUGAAAUAUUCAAAGGCAAAAAUACCCUCACAAUCAAAACCCAAAAUACCCAAUUCAGCCAUAAUCGCCCAUUUCGUGCAUUGCUUUGAAGUCCGAUCGCCGCCCAUUUCUCACGCCAUUGAAGUCCGAUCGCCGAACGCCGUGAUACCGCCGCGAAACCCUCGACCUCGACCGCCGACCAGAUCUGGUUUCUUCAACAGCGGGUGGUGGUGGGUGAUGGGUGGAGGUGUUGGGGACGCACGCUGAAGCUACUGGCCGCGAGCGGUUGCUGGAGACGCGGCGGCGACGAGACGCGAUGGAAAGAGAGGCAGGGAGUAAGUGAGGGAGAGAGAAACUUUCAGACAAAGAUUGGUGCCUUCUCUUUCAUCACUCCUUCAAAACAAACAAUCAGCGAUUUCUCCUUUCGGUAACUGGGUUUGUACAAGUAGCAUUUUCCUUUCUUCCCUUUCUUACUUCAUGAAGAACUCAGUUGUUUGCUCUCCCUUUCAAAAGCAAAUUGAUCUAUCACCACUUCUCCAUUUCCUUCUUUAA